CUCUGACACGGUGUGGCCACACGGAAACUUGAGUUGCUCCUCCAUCAUCAUCAUCGUCAUCAACAAAAAAUCAGGCUCUGCUGUUACUCUCUGCAUACCUUUGUUCUCUGUCGCGUCCGAUGCUUUGGAAUAUUGCUACUUGCACUUUUCUCAUCAAGAUAUAAACCAUACUUUUCACUAACCCCUCGUCAGCUCGUCGUUUCCCAUUACACAAGUUGUCCUUGUGUCGUAAUCCCCUCUCCGGGUGAAAGUGGCAAGAUGAGACGGACCAUUUUGGAGUGAGUGGUGGUGCUAAGGACAUUGUUGUACUUUGGAGAAAGAAGCUGCACUGAAAGAUCUGUUGCAAUUCGACCGUUGUAAUCGAUACUUGACAUUUUUGGCUGGAAAACAAAUUCUUGGCGGAGAGACUGAUCACAUCGGAGGGAGUGAAAACUUGUUGGAAACGACACAACUGCACUUUGAGAGAAAUAAAAGGUAAAUAGUUGUAAAGUUGUUUAGUGCUGAACUCGCCUCCCCUCAUCUUCUCCACUCACUCGUCUUCUUCUUCUUCUUCCCCGCUUGAUUCAUCAUCCUCCAAAAGCGUCAUAAAUAAUCGCUCUGCUAACUCCCAUUGUCAUCCCUCGAGCGAAUAACAGGAGCUAUAAAUAAUAUCGCAAUGUUUGACUCCUCGGCUAAUUCGAUUUUCCACCCAGUCAAAAUCGAGCCAGAAAGGAGAAAUCCAAUUUAAUUGGAAAGUGAGUAAGUGCCAAGUUUAUUUAUUUCGCGAGCCGAUAAAGACAGAGAAAUAUCAAAUUAUUUCAAAGUUGGAUACUUUUAUGACCGACUCUCACAGUCUCACAUCCCACUCAGAAUAACGAGGGGAUCAAUAACACUUUUCUCCCCUACGUUCUCCCAUCUCCACGGUGAAAGUAUUUUUGAUUGAGUCAACCGUGCACCAAUCAGUUUAAGUAAUUUCCCUGCUCUUCCUCUCCUGCAACAAAAAGAAAGCAGAGAAACUUUCUCCCAUCAAGACUUGGACUCGACAUCUUCCCACCCACCCAAAACCCACACGCCCACAAGUCCAUCAGUCAUCUCUCGCUUUUCAUCCCUCUGAGCCCCACUCUUGUCAGAUCCAAUCAUUCCCACUGACGCUGGCCAACGAGCUCAAGACUCCUUUCAUCCACCAAAUACCAGCCCCAACAAAUAAUUAACAUGUUUACAACCUCGUCCUCUCCUCGCCUGCUCUCAAGUUAGCACGAGUCCCGGGACUCGUGCCUUUGAGAAGAUGAACAAUAUGAUGACAAUCCUCGCAGCAGCCACUUCUUACCCCAGUUCCAUCUUCACCACCACCACCACGCACUCCUCCAACGCUUUCACCUCACCCACCUCCCAAAAGUUCUCGGAUAGCGGAGGGCUGUUGAUGAGAAGUACCCCCGCCAGCCCAAUGUCAACCUUGUCGCUGUCUGACUGGGGCAGCAACGGUGAUUUGUCCCCCGAGCUUUUCCUCCUUCGCGACGAUGAGCUUUCUCCGCGCAGUCUUCCUCUCCGCCAGACGACGGCCAUGGUGAGGACCCAGCUCCUAGUGGCGAGCAGUGGGGAUGAUGAGCACGACCCUUAUUUGGGCGUGGGUGGUGGGGGCGACCCCUUCAACCUCACGGCCUGGGACAAUGCCAGCGACUGGGGGAAUGGGACUGGGGGAAUUGACGAUGACGGGGAUGGAGGUUACAACUACUGGGCGCUGCUCCUCAUCGUCUUCUCCAUUUUUGCGGUGUUUGGAAACAUGCUGGUGAUUCUGGCAGUGAAGAGAGAGCGGUCACUUUGGAACGUUACCAACUACUUUAUCGUCUCCCUGGCAGUGGCGGAUCUCCUCGUGGCCGGGGUCGUAAUGCCCUUUGGCGUUUAUGUUCUGUUCAAUGAUACAAAGUGGCGACUCCCACCCAUCACUUGUGAUUUCUACAUCGCCAUGGACGUGACUUGCAGUACCUCCUCAAUCCUCAAUCUCGUCGCCAUCAGCAUUGACAGAUUUAUCGCAGUGACGCAGCCCAUAAAGUACGCCAAGCACAAGAGCAACACGCGUGUGUGGUUGACGAUUGUCUUUGUGUGGGUGUUUUCUGGCCUGGUGGCGUCUCCCAUCGUGCUGGGGCUGAACACGCCCCUGGGUCAAGGAGUGCACGACCCCACGUCCUGCAUCUUCCACAACUACUACUUCAUCUUCUUCUCCUCCCUCUGCUCCUUCUACAUCCCCUGCACCAUCCUCGUCUACCUCUACUACCGCAUCUUCAAGGUGAUCCGAGAGCGUGCGAAGAAGGCGGUGAGCGGUGGUCACGCAUCCUCGAAACCAGCGAGCGGCGUGGGUGGGACGGUGAUUGAGAACCUGGCUCAAACCAAGAGAUUAGCCGAGACGACGUUGGGGGGUCCGUCCAGUCUGCCCAUCCCGCCCUCGCAGCCGGAAGACGAGCGGGGGACGAACACGGGGAGCGGGAGUCAAGAGGAGGAGGACGAGGACCUUGAGCGUGACAUGGACGAAGGGGAGGAGGAGGAAGAAGAGGCCGACGAGGAACCAACCCCGGAGAACGAGUGUCAAAUCAUAGCCAACAACAGGCUGGCCACCGCCUUCGUCCUCGAAUCCGUGCGGAGUGAGGAACGAGGGGCUUUAGAGCGGCGAAUAGAACUGAACGGGAACCAUGAUUCUGGAUAUGCAGCCUCCAACUUGGAGGAAGGUCAUCCCGUGGCGCAAGAACCCUCACCCGCCAGCCCCAAACAUUCUCUACCACUCCCACUCGAACCUUCCAAGCGGAACGGGCUGAAGGAGGUGACCACCGUCGACCCCAAAGCUUCAAAUUCAGGGAGUCCCUGCAUCGGCGGGGACGGGGCGUCCACUUCCUCCAGCAAAAAAGCCCCCGGAAGUCGAUUCACCAUAUGCAAAGCGCAUAAAGCGAGCAGGCGCAAGAAGGAGAAGUCCUCCGCGAAAAGGGAGCGCAAGGCGACAAAGACUUUGGCCAUUGUGUUAGGCCUAUUUCUGCUCUGUUGGCUUCCCUUCUUCACAUGCAAUAUAAUGGAUGCGAUCUGCCAAAUGAUGAACGAGCAUUGUGGCAUUGGGCUCACCACCUUCCUCCUCACGACCUGGCUGGGUUAUGCCAACAGCUGCCUCAACCCAAUCAUCUACACAAUUUUCAAUCCAGAAUUUAGAAAGGCGUUUAAAAAGUUGAUGGGACUUGGGGCCUAAAAAGAGGAAGAUGAGCAAAUGAAACAUUAUGACUUUAUUUUGCGAUGAACAAUUACGAUUCGUCGCCUAAUCGAAGAAGAGGAUAACGAAGGACAAGAACUCAUCAAUCAUGCUUACUAAUUGUAUCUCCACCAAUCUGACCUACAGAAAAUCUCCCUUUGUGCAUCUACUAACUAAUAAUAUUACUCCUUAAAAUAUCAUUGAUCUGUCAUCACCAAAUCUUGUGAGAAUAUCUUCAUUAGCAUUACAAAUAUAAAAUAAGUACUAAAAUACUCUUAGAAAAUAAUGUUAAUAAUGCGAACUUGUACGGUGGUGGUUAAUCGGGUGGUUAUUAAUUUACGGAUGCUGUUGGUCGCUUUCACUGGAAAAAAUGAGGUGCUAAAAUAUCUUCUUUAAAUAAAUACCUGUGCAUAUUCUACUAAUAAUGCUUGCAUAUUUAUGUCGACUAAAGAAUGCAUGGAGCAGAUUUCCAUAAAAUGAGCAUAAAUAUUUACAACCUUACAUACAAAAGUUAAUAUGUACACGCAUGGUGCUAAUUACUCCCAACCAAACCGUAGGAUUAUUUAAGAGAACUUGUUACUGACCGAAUAUGUAUUAAUAUAAUUAUCAAUCCUUACAUUUACCAAAUGGUGAUAGACUUUAAACUACAUACGUGUGUGCUCUCUAAAUAAGUAAGAAGUAAGCAAAUUAAUAAAUCCAUGGCCAAAAUAGAGAAUAUUCUGGUUGUAAAAUAAUAAUAAAUUUUACGGUGUAAUAGUAAUUACAAUAAUUACGUAAUUAACUCGAACUUAUAUAAAAACUUUAGAGGGCGUAAAGUCUCGUGCAUAUAUGUAUAAAGAAAGUACUCAAAAAAGAUACCAUGAAAUCGAGCUCCUUCUUUGGUAUCAUUUUCGAGUAAAACACUUGUAUGCACAAUCCGCUCUCCUCUAAAUACAACCCGUCUCUUUACGUAUGUAAUUAUUUCAACACAUAAUAAAAGUACAUAAGUGACGAAGUAGUGGAUUCUCUCUUUGUGUGCAUAAAUGGAUGGGAUAUAUACAAAUUAUAUAAAUGUUGUUAUGUUACACGACAUUUGUGAUGAUGACCUAAUUAAUUAAAAUUAUGUGUGAGAUGAUGUGAAAUGAAAGAAACUGAAUAAAGUCAGAAUAUAUGUAUGUA